AUGAACAAAUCUUUAAUUGCUAUUCCUAUUAUUGCCCUUCUUGCAUUAGGAGCUGUCUUCAUUUUAAAUAAAUAAGAAUCCUCCAGCUUCUUAUCUAACAGCUCUAACACCACUACUUUCACCUAAUUAAGAACUUGUAUUUAAAAAACUGACUUAAUUAUCUGCGAUUAAAUUUAGGAUGAUGCUGAAAAAUCUCUCUGUUAUGCUGCUUCCUACGCUGUCUCUAGAUUAACUUUCCCUGAUGGAGAUUUAAUCACCGAAGCUUGCAAAAAUUUCCAUAACUAUGAAGCCACUGCCAAUGCUAAUCAAAUGAUCAAUUAUUAGAAUUACUAUUUCAGCUGUUAUCUUAGUGCUGAUGUUUUAAGAGAAGCCUACAAAUGUGCUAGCUUUUAUGAAAAGAUCUACACACCCCAAUUUAUCACUUGCGCUGGUUACUGA